AUGCCUGUGGCGGGCGCCCUGCCCUUCAUCAAGCCAAUGCAGAGCGCGUCUUCCGUGUCGCCCGGCCCGCAGAGGAGACACACGCUGCCGGCCAGCGAGGUGCGACCCCUCAACACGCACGACGCCGUCAGCGUCUUCGAGAUCGAGAGGGAGGCCUUUAUCUCGGUGUCAGGAGAGUGUCCACUCCAUCUGGAUGAGGUGCGUCAUUUCCUCACCUUGUGUCCGGAGUUCUCCAUGGGCUGGUUUGAGGAGGGCCGACUUGUGGCUUUUAUCAUUGGUUCUCUGUGGGACCAGGACCGGCUCACCACAGAUGCACUGACUCUUCACAAGCCCCGUGGCUCCACGGUCCACAUCCACGUCUUGGCUGUCCACCGCACUUUCAGACAGCAGGGGAAAGGCCCCAUCCUGAUGUGGCGUUACCUGCAGUACCUGCGCUGCCUGCCGAACGUGCGGCGGGCCGUCCUCAUGUGCGAGGACUCCCUCGUCCCCUUCUACCGCAAGUCGGGCUUCAAGGUCCUGGGACGCUGCGCCAUCACUGUGGCCAGCCUGACCUUCACCGAGAUGUGGUACCCCAUCAGCGGCCACGCUUACAUGCGCCGCAACAGUGAGGCGAUACGCUUCCCUCAGCAUCCGCUCACUUUGGAGACACCUAAGACUGACGAACAUGUUGACACGUGA